CCGAAAAUUGUCGACCAUAGAUGAGUUUGUGAAAAGAGGAACUAGUUAGAACCACAAAGCUAAGACACUGUAAAGGAAAUAUGGGGAAUGGAGGGGUUGUGUUGUUGACCACCCCUUUGUGCUCAGCUUGUGUUUCCUCCAUUGCUUGUUCUAAUUCUCGGCAACUUACCCCUCACUCUCAGCUUAGGACUCUUUCAUAUGCAUCUCUCCGCAUUCACUGCUCAACUUCUACUUCAAAGGCUACCCCAGAAACACUUCCAUUUAGUACCAAUUUUCCUGCAACUGGUGGUGCAUAUGAUUUCACGAAUGCAACAACAUCACUAACAAAUGAGUUAAUCUCUUCAUCAAAGAAAGUAACUCUUUUAAGGCAUGGUCUUAGCACUUGGAAUGCAGAAAGUAGAAUUCAGGGAAGCUCAGAUUUGUCUAUACUAACUGAAGCUGGGGAGCAGCAAGCAGAGAGGUGCAAGAAAUCCUUGGAAAAUAUGUACUUUGACCUGUGUUUUGCAAGUCCAAUAUCUCGUGCCAAGCAAACUGCUGAAAUUAUAUGGCAAGGGAGGGAAAGGCCAUUGGUUUAUCUUGACUCGCUUAAAGAGUUAUCCCUAUAUCACCUUGAAGGCCUGAAAAAUGUGGAUGCUAAGAAAAUAUAUCCCAAGGAAUACACAAUCUGGAGAGAAGAUCCAGCCAAUUUUUGCAUGAAUGAUAGAUACCCUGUACGAGAUCUCUGGGAAGCAGCAAGAGAUUGUUGGAAGGAAAUUUUGUUGUCGCCUGGGGAAAGCUUUCUGGUUGUGACUCACAAAUCUAUAUUGAGGGCAUUAACUUGUACUGCUUUAGGCCUGGGCCCAGAGAGGUUUCGUUCUCUUGAUAUCAACAAUGGUGGGAUAUGUGUAUUCAGCUUUAACAUCAGAGGAGAAGCAAUGCUUGAAGCUUUAAAUAUGACGGCUCACAUGUACAGUGAUCAUGUCUAUCCUGGCUAGAGCAAACUAGUAGGAGGAUUUGAAAUGUACCAUGGAACAACCCCACUGAGGAUUUGAUGUGGGAUUUUUCAUUUUAAUUAUGAGAUAUUCCGAAUCCAUGACCCAUAUUCUUUUCUCUUCAGUUCACUCUAGAAAGAAGAGUGUAAUAUAAUCAGAAGAAAACAGUAGUUUUUGAUUCAAUGAUUGAGGGGAAUGUUAUAUAUUACGUAGACAGCUAUGACAUUUGGUAUAAAACUCAUGGUUAUGGGUAUUCAAGCUA